ACUCACACUUCAUCCUUCAAUUCUGUUCCCAGCCUUUCUUGAAGCAGAACAAAAAUGGGUGCUGUGAUGAUGAACAAAGCAUCUUCUUCUUUGUUCAUAUGGGCUUUGGUUGCUGGUAUGCUCUCCCACAACCUGGUCAUCCCUGUCAUGUCCACCACCCUUGAGGACCAGAAGAACUACUACACUCCGGACCCCGGCGCUGGAACUCCCCCUUCAGGCCACGGUGGAAGCCCUCCCGGAGGUUCACAUACAAGUCCUCCUUCCCAUACACCAUCUCAUCAUAACCCUCCCUCUCAUGGAAGCUACAACCCUCCCUCUCAUGGAAGCUACAAUCCUCCCUCUCAUGGAAGCUACAACCCUACACCAUCACCACCUUCCAACUGUGGUACCCCACCAUCAAGACCAUCUACUCCUUCAACCCCAUCAACUCCAACCUACGGAACUCCACCCUCAGGCGGUAGCCCCCCUAUCAUUGUUACUCCUCCAACACCAGUCACCGUAAGCCCCCCAAUCCCAUUCAUCGGAACUCCACCAAUCGACCCCGGUACUCCAGGUGUUCCUACACCUCCCUAUCUUCCUGAUCCCAACUCCCCUCCCUUCACAUGCACCUACUGGAGGAACCACCCCACAGUGAUAUGGGGUCUUGUGGGCUGGUUUGGAACUUUGGGCCAUGCUUUUGGUCUGACUAGCCUUCCAGGGUUCGGAUCAAGCACCAUGAAUUUGCAGCAAGCACUUUCCAACACUCGCGCCGAUGGACUUGGGGAACUCUACAGAGAAGGAACUGCUUCCUUGCUCAACUCUAUGGUGGACAACAGGUUCCAUUUUACUACCAAGCAAGUCAGGGAUGGUUUCGUCAGGGCACUGGGUUCGAACAAGGCAGCAACAAAUCAAGCUCGUCUCUUCAGGCUGGCCAACGAGGGAAAACUCAAGCCCAGAGCUUGAUUCACCAUCACAUUUGCUUUCAGUUCAUAGUUUAUGAGUACUACGUACUACCUUAUAUCUCAGACUACUUCAGAGUGUGGUUCAUCCUAGAAUUUGUUAUGUCCUUAGUGUCUAAUUCUAUUUGCUGUCUUUAACAUGCAGCAUGUUAAGAUGGAUACUCAGUCUACAUUUUAAUGAAGAUGCCAAGUUUAUGUUUGUCUCA